GCCGUCUAUCCCCUGGAUCCUUGAAAAACAACUUGUCCCAUGGACCGUUAAUGACUCACCGUAGAGAGAUUUAGGGCGCAUCAUAGGUAUUCCAUUUUGACACUUGAUUCGAUAAAUAACAACUCGCUGCCCGUAAACCUCUUAUCGCCUUGUCAUGAUGCCCGUCAGUCCAUUGGACCCAACGACGGGCACCCAGACCCAUCUACAGUACAACCAUCGAUCUGCUAGGUUCUAGCAGCAUGUCCGAAUCAGCAGUCGCCGAAGCUGCAUACUUUCAUACACUGAAUGCGCGGCCAUACUUUUUCCCUGCUGAAACUCGGGACAAGCGACUGCCAGAUGUGGUUUCCCGCUUGACUGACCUCCCUGCUGAGAUACGGUGGAAGAUUUUCAAUCAUGCUUUCCAAGGCAACCGGGUCGCCGUGACGGCGAAGUCGGGGUGUUACUGCUCCUCGGAUACCACUGGACCAUACCGUGCCGAUCAUCAAUGGAUUCUGAAGUCGGCGCCGCCUGGCCAGGUACGGCGUGAAGCGCAACGUGCCUUUGUUCGGAUUGCGCUGUGGGAGCUCCAUUGCCAACAAGCUAUGAAUUCUUUUUUAGAUAGAAUGAUUGCUCUAGGUUGCCUGGACGAAGUCCGUCACUUGCGGCUGAAUGUCUUCGAGAUUGACUUGAAGUGGGAGCUGAACCUGGAGAGCUUUCCGAAAUUGAGAACGGCCACUUUCUCACCGUGGCAGAAGGGCUGGACAGUUGAUGUUCCAGAGCUUGCCAAUUCGGAGAUGUUGUCUGAUGCGCAUGUUAUGCUCAAAGUUUCGCAUGUCCUCGAAUCCAAGGAGGGUUAUGACCCUGUCAUGAAGGCGUUCAGGUUGCCACGGACCUACGAGAUGUACUUUGUCUUCCCAAUCAGGCAUUUCUCGCCAGAGAAAACGCACUCUGGGGAUCCAUGUUGGCAACUGAGUAUCUGGAGAGCUCACUUGGACAGAGGGACGAUCGAGAGAGACUGGCGUGAAGUGCAUCUUGUACAGGAAGCAACGCUGGAUUGAUUGUGCCCAUUACGGUUGCCAGGAACGUAACAUUUUGCGAGAUUCGCGGACGCCAUAUUGUGGCACUUUGCAGCUCCAUUCUUGUUCGUUGAUAUACUAAACCCCUCAGGUAUUCUUUCACGGCCCCUGGCAAAACCUCGUAAACCUUUCCUGUCCUCAAGCUCCUCUUUUCCUCGCUCUCUCGAGCAGCCAUGAUUGAUCAAUUCUUGUACGUCACGAGCUUUCGCAUCGCCGUGCACUCGGUACAGUACAAGAACUGUACGUGUAACUUGCCAUACGAACAAGGGUCGUUUUCUGGCAAAGUACGAG